AUGGGAAACAAUUCUUCAAAAUCAUCAAAAAAAGCAACAAAAAAACAACAUUGUUUUUGUUGUCCAUGUAUAAUAUCGAAAUCUUCAUCGUUAUCAUCACUGUCAAUUGAUGAAAAAUGUCUACCAACAUUUGAUCGUAUAACAUCAAAUGAUAAAUCUUCAAACACUGCUCCUCUUAUUGAAACAAUUCCCUCAAAUUCAAUUCUUAUUCAUGAUGAAGUUGAUAAAAAUCUUUCAACAUCAAAUAAUCGUCGUUCAGUAUCAUUAAAUAAUGUUAUUUUAACAUUACCUGAUACUUCAAAUGAAAAUCACGAAAAUAAUUCUAUUCAAUCAAAACCACCUUUACCACCAAGAAAAUCUACAACUGUUUCAAAAUUACCACCAAACGGUCGAUCAUUUCGUGGUGCAUUAGUUAAUACAAAACGAACAUAUUAUUCUCAAUCAAUAGAACAUGCUCGAUUAUCAAUUGAAGAUUUAGAAAAAUCACUUCAUGGUGCAUCUAGUAUUGAUCAAUGGAUUGAUUCAUUACCUAUACUAGGUACGCCAUCAUUAAAUCGUAACAAACCAAUUCGAACAGUAGUAUCAACAAAUAAUAAAAAAAUUAAACGUAGUUUAACAAUAGGUGAUGAAUACAAUGAAAGUAUUCUUAAUGGUUCAUAUAGACAAGAAGAUGAAAGAUCAUCAAUAGAAAUAGAAGGAAAUUUAUCAAAAGAUGAUUUUCCAAAUAUUUUAACAUUAAAAUAUAAUCGUGAAUAUUUAAAUUUAGCAAAACAAAUUCAAUUAAAUAUUUAUUUAAAAGAUUUUCUUGUACGAUUAAAUAAUACUAAAUUAAGACAAACAUUUAAAAAUCAUUUUUCAUUAUCAACAAUUAUUUAUCCAUUAGCUGGUAUAGAUCAAAUUUUAGCUGAUAAUUUAAAUCUUUUUCUUAUUACACCACCAGAAUCUAUAUUACCAAAUUUAUCAACAAAUACACAUAGUACAUAUAAAAUUCAUGAACAAAUACGUUCAAAAUCUUAUUUUAUACCAAUAACAGAUCGUAAAAUUGAAAUUGAUGAUGAUGAAUAUAAGAAAAAAUCUAUUGAACUUGAUCGUACACAUGUUGUUAUAACACUUGAAAAUAAAAAAAAAGAACAAGAUGAUAUAACAAUAAAUAAAAAAGUAUCUAUUGAACAAGAACCAUUAUGUAUAUUUAUAUCAAAUGAUUCAUUUCAUACAGGAUAUUUACGUAUUGAUCAAGAAAAACUUGCUAAACAUUUUUUACCAUUUAUUUAUCAUUCAUCCGAUGAUAAUAUUUAUUAUUUAUCAUCAAGUUUAAUUCAUCAUUGGUUCAAUACAUUAAUACUUGUUAAUCAAACAUGUGCAAUAGCUAAACGAUUUUUAACAGGUGAUGGAAGUCAUAUUACUUGUUUGAUUAAACAACAAACAAAUUAUACAAAUUCAUCCUCAUUAGAGAAUAAUUUAACUUUCGCUGCUCUACGUCUUCCUCCAUUUAUGUAUUUAAAUGAUUCAUCACAGACAAAUCUUGAAGAAGAAAAAUCCAAUAUAAUUGAUGCAUUUUCUUCAACAUUUUUAUCUGAUAAUAAAAACACUUCUAAUGAUACAAUUCAUAUUGAUUAUGAGCAAUAUUCAUUUGCUUUUUUACUUCAUCGUUGGCCUAAAUCUUUACUUGAUAAUUAUUAUACACAAUCAAUACGUAAUUCAAAACGUAAAUGGCCAUCAAAAUAUCAUUUAAAUAUCAUAAUAAAAAAAUCACUUUUAUUAAUACCAAUACAAAAUAAUCAUAAAUGGGAAAUAAGUUUUGAUUUAAUUGAACAAAGUUUAUUUGAAUUUAUGAAUGAAUCAACAUUAUGUUUUUAUGCAUUAUGUCAACAAUUAUUUUCUCAAACAUUAACAAUACGUACAUGUAUAAAACAUUGUUUUUUAAAUUAUUGUGAAAAAUAUGGUUUACCGUUUUCACAGUAA